CUUUCUGGAAGAGUGCAAUGCACCGAAAUCAACUCAAGCGCUACUGUUGUAUGCGCAAGCAUCAGGUGCAUACACAAUCACAAAACCAUAAAGGCUUGUUUACAUUAGUGACAUAUUUGUUAAAAUAAAUAAAGUAACGCCGUUUUAAAAUUGAUUUUUUUUUAUAAGAAAAAUAAUUCCACUCAUUUAAAAAAAAAAAAAAAACGUUCUGUUAAAAAUAAUCUGUAUAAUCUGGGUCGAUAUAUCAUGCUCCAUAACAGCUCCACCACAACCGAAUCGAAACCUGCCACACUGCAACAGUUCGCUGGGCGUUAGGUUUGACUUCAUGCCGGGUUGCAAUGUCGUCUUGUUUUCCUUGUGGGUUUUGCAGGGGGUUCUUAAUCCUGUAUGUAAAUUACAGCCAAUAGAUGCUGUCGUUGCGUUGGGUUGGGAUUAGCAGAGGGGCGAAUGAGUUUCAAUUUUACUGGAUUACAGAACAAAGAAGGGGAGGGGGCAAACUCCUUUGCAAAAGAAAACAUAAAGAAAGAGAAAAAAGAAAAUAAUCCGGGGAAUCCCUACUGGAAAUGCAAUGAGCAAAGUUGAAUAACAAUAAUACAAAAAUGCAUCGGAUUAAGGUUUUGGUUUGGAUUCGUCAAAUAAGCAGCGACAGAAAACACUAGGUGUUCCAAUUGGAUUAAGCGAGGAGAAGCAUUUUUAUUCCGGGAUUGACAACGUAAAGAAAUUUAAAGCGGUCGUUUGUGUGGUAAGGAUGGCGCAACCCAGGAAGCAAUGUGAAGGAAUCCGAACCAUUCCCAGAGCCGAGUCGCGUGUCCCCAGUAUUACCGGAAAACAGGAGAUCUUCUCCAGCCUCGUAUCUGCCUUAGACUCAGUGUGCACUGCGCUCUCCAAGCUCAAUGCAGAGGUGGCCUGUGUCACGGUGCAUGAGGAGAAUGUGUAUACGGUCGGGACUGAAAAAGGCAGAGUCUUCCUCAACUCCAGAAAGGAAAUACAGACAGACUUUCAGAAAUUCUGCAGGCCCCUCUGUCUGCCUGCCCCGCCUUUGCCAGUGAAACCCCCAGACAAUGAGGUGCCAAAGCCUGCCAAGGAUUGCAGCCAUGGGGCACCACGCGCCCCCCCUGAACCCCAAUCAGACAUCUUCGCUCUGAGGAAAAUGGUGGAGGAAGUUUUCAGCGUGCUUUACAGUAUGUUAUAACCUGUUAUAACCUG